AUGGCAGACAAUGAGUCGUCAGGAGGUGACCAAGGGCGUCCUAAUCCACCGCCUUCCAAGAAGCGCGCCACCUUAAAAUUGUCGGACCUAUGGGGCUCUGGUGGAAAGCCUGCAAGCCAACCUGUUCCCACAAAGAAAGUAGAUGAUAAGCCUUGCAAAGAAGUCCUGCCACAUUAUGUUUCACCGACGUACUUCGGCACCUUCCACAUCUAUAACGCGGGCAGCUGCUUCACCAGGGCCCCCAUAUUUAAGCAGCUUACCAUACAAACGAUAUGCAGUGCCUUCUCCUCUGCUGUCCCCUCUGCUCUCCCUUGCCCUUCCCUCCGUCCUUUGUUUUUGUAUGUGUGUGCCCUCUGCCCGUGUGCUCAUGUGUUCACGGACAUACGUGUGUAUGUAUCAUGGCUCAUAACAUCUAGGGACACCUGGGAAUUGAACCCAGACCCACAAGAAGAGACUGUAGCCACCGUUCCAGGUGGGGCUGGUGGUGGGUUGGGCGCCAUCAGGUCCUCCCCGCCGGCCGGUGCUGCUAAGACGGGUGCUGCUGUUUUAGAAACAGUAGUGAUGAAUGCCCUAGAGAAGGUCUCUGAGAAGCGCCGCCGGGACGACCGGGCCGCUUUGGAGCAAGCAGAUGAGCUUCACGCGGAUUUUAUGGCUAGUGAGCAGAAGGUGCCGAGAGACGUAAUCGGUCACCGCCUGCAAGCCUUCGCAGGCUUUCAUCUCGGCCUUCAGCUCAUUCGCAGCUACCUCGAUGCCGGCUGCUAUGAGAAGGCCACUGAGUGGACAGACCGCCUCCAGCUUCACGCCGAGAUCGGUAUGGAGGUGACACACCAGCUAGCCUCGGAGCCCCGCAUAGGUCUGACAGCCGCGGAUCACUGUUUUAAUAACAUCAUCGGCACACGGAUUCCAAAAGUCAUGGCGGCAGUCAUGGUGGCAGCCAUUCUCAUGGUGCUGGAGGCUCCGGCGGCGGAGGCAGUGGUGGCGGAUCGCGCGGCAGCAACCACAGGGGUGGCGGCCAGCAUGGAGGUCAUGAGUACAGCGGAGGCCGUGAUGCAGAGCGCUUUGAUUGCAGUGAUUGCAAUGGCAAUAGCCGCAAGGAAGGCCGCAGCUGCAAGUAGUGGUUUUCAGGCUCUGUCAAACCUGGACCCCGCACCCGUUCCGGCAAGUCUGGCCACGCAUUGGAAACAACCAGCCCGCCUCACGGUGGCGCCAGAAGGUGUGAAGGUUGAGGCCCCGGGUGAAUUCUGGAAGGAUAAAGGGGAGUUUUCUAGUCCUACUUUCGACAACACCUCGGGAUCUCGGUCGUCUCCAGUAGCGGGUCCGCCUUCCGUGCCGCACCAGAUGAGGGGACGCCUCUCGGGCAAGAAAGGCGCUUGGAAGGCUUGGGUUGUGAACGCGCUGGUCAUCUCGUGGAUCACGUCGGGUUUCCCACUCCGUUGGGUCUCCAGCCCUCCCCCCCAGCACUCCGGCCGCAAUCACGCGUCGGCAACUGCCAACGCCGCGUUCGUGGACAAAGCCGUAGCAGAUCUGGUGGUGUCGGGCACGGCCCACUUAGAUGCCCGGGCUGAGGCUCUUUUGGGCGCUCUUGGCACGGAGGCGGACGCGGAGCUCUCCACCUUGGCGACGCAGUUUGCCCAAGUGGCCGGUCAGACACUCGCCCCGCGGACGUCCAAUGACUACGCACGGUCUUGGGAACCCUUCCGCGAGUGGUGGAUGGCCAGGCGACUGCCCGGAAGCAUCUAUGACACCCCGGGUGAGGCGGUGGCGCUCAAUCUGCUCUCCCUGCUGAACUCGUCCAAGGAAGAUAAGGUGGGGCCUGGACGGGUUCGUACAGCGAGUGCAGCAAUCAGCUCCUACUUCCGCCUAGCCAGCAGAGCGCCCCCUACAGAGCACCCUGCCUGCAGCAUCGUUCGCGACCUCGCCGAAAAGCAACUCCAAGGCCGUAAGCUGGAGCACGACGCCCUGGAGCCGGCGGACGUCACGGUGCUGGCCCGGCUGGUCAGUGGGCCGGAGCCGCCCCUUGACCAGCUGAUGACCGUUACGGCCGUCGUGGUCAUGUUCGCGGGGUUCUUUCGGUUCGACGAUGCUGCGGAAAUCAGCAUUCACGAGGACCUUCUGGUUAUCACGGCAACUGGGAUGGAUGUCUUCAUCCCUCGAUCCAAGACCGAUCAGCAGAGACAGGGUCACUGGGUUCCCAUCGCCCGUGUCGGCGGUGCCACUUGCCCCAUGGGCCUGACGGAGCGCCUCCUCACCCUAGGAGGGUACAAACGCCGCCCAGACACGCCGGACGAGGACGUCGGGCCCCUUUUGCGACCGGUCCAGUGGAACAGGGCCGGGGGGUACUUGUCAGGCCCCCUAACAGGCACGGUGGCCCAGCCGAUCCACUCCCUGUCGUACCCUGCCUUCUGCCACCGGCUCAACAAGACCCUGCAGGCGGCGGGGAUCACCCGCCGCAUCACUGCGCAUUCCAUGCGCAUAGGAGGAAAUAGCACUGCCGCCGACCGCGGUGUGCCUGCGGACCUGCGCAAGGUGCACGGCCGGUGGUGCAGCGACGCCAUGGUGCAGCACUACACGCGGCGCGAUGGGGAGGCGAAACUCUCCGUCUCCCGCAGCCUGGGCCUCGCCAACCUGUAUCGUAACUCUUCUCUGGAAGGCACAGAUCAGCAUGGACACCAUUCACCAAGCUCACGGGGUGUCCACCAGGACGACCCCAUGGACAUAACAGCUGCAAUCUACACGCCCACACCACACCACACCAAGCUGCCGCUCCCAAGCGGCAUCAAAACCAUCGGGGUCCCCCACAACUUGCGCUUACAGUGCAUGGGAGCUACCUACAGCCGCAAGCCGCCCCGCCUGCCCGCUUGCUCUCCCGCUCCUCGACGUCCUCCAUCUCUGAGGAUCGACGAUCCCGCAGCCGUCACCACCACGACGACAACCGCAACCAUCACGGUCGCUCCCCAUACCGCCACCGCGAGAGGCCCCACGGGCGCCGCACCAAGUAUCACAGCGUUAACGACACGAAAUCCCCUGCCCGCUCCCGCUCCCCAGGCCACCGCUAAACCGGCCCCUAGGCUGUCGUCGGCAGAUCCGUGCUAUCCCACCACCGGUGUAACACUCUGUGAAGCGGCCUACUUCACGCAUCCUCGGAGUGCGCCGUCCAGCACCUCUGCAGCCGUCGCCGCCGCCGCUGCCGGUCCGGAUAGCAGCAGCGGAGGCGGAGGCGCGCUUCAGCAACCCAACCUGAUUGUUGUCCGUACAAACCGUUUGGAGGUGCACAGCCUCAGGUCGUCAGCGGUAGCAACAAAUGCCGCCGCCGCGACCGCUACUGCCGCUGCCACGGCCUCAGCUGCGGUUGGCAGUGGCGGCGCACGUCUUGAGCUGGUUGUGUCGUACCACCUUCACGGGGUAGUGGAGAGCCUGGCGGUGCUGAGCGGAGGCAGCUCCAGCAGGAGGGACGCGCUGCUGCUGGCGUUCAGGGAAGGCAAGUUGUCGGUGGUGGAGUGGAAUCCCAGGACGCACUCCCUCCGGACCUCCUCCCUUCACUACUUCGAGGGCGACCCGGGGGUGCAGCGCGAGGGGCGGAUCGCAGUGCCGCUGCCACCUAGGGUGGUGACCGACCCGGCGGGUCGCUGUGCGGCCAUGUCGUUCUGCUUCUCACAGCUGGCGCUGCUGCCGGCGCUGGAGGUAAAAGCGGGCGCGUGGCAGUGUGUGGAUGAUGGGGGUGUGAUGGGGGUGGGUAGGGGGGAGCGGGAGCGUAUCGGUGGCGUCCAUAUAAACGAGCGCCGAGCUAAACGAGAGCGCAAUGCUGGCAAGCCGGCGGAACGAGAGCAGCAGCCAGAGCGGGUUCAGGCGGAUCCCCUGAUGGAUUUGGGGCCUAAUGGCGGCGGGGGAGGCGGUGGAGGCGGUGGCGGGGUUGCCACGCUGGGUAACGGCUACCUGCUGAACCUGAACAAGAUGAUGGGAAUACGGGAGGUCCGGGACUGUGUUUUCCUGCACGGCUACACGGAGCCGGUGCUGCUGCUACUGCACGAGCCGGACCCUACAUGGGUCGGCAUGCUGCGGGAGCGCAAGGACACGUGUUGUCUGGCAGCCAUCUCCAUCUCUCUGCGCCUCAAGCGGCACACCAUUCUGUGGAAGCUGGCCUCGCUCCCUUACGACUGUUUCAAGCUGUUGGCAGUGCCGUACAGGCCUGCCGUACUGGUCAUCAGCCCCAACCUGCUGCUGCUCUGCUCGCAGGCCUCCCAGCACGCCGCUGCGCUCAACUCCAACGCCCUCCCUGGAGAAGUCCCCCCUCCGCUGAUCCUGGAUCCGAGCAGGGAGCCACCCGCCGCCACGGCUGCGAGAUUGGCGGCCCAGUAUGCCCUCAACGUGCAUCCGGACUGCGCCCCCGCCGCUGGCCGUAACGCCACUCUCAUGGCGGAUCUGGAGGUGGUGGCGGCGGGUUUGCAGUCCGGCACCUUGCUGGCCGUACAUCUGCAGUUCGAAGGACCUGCGGAUCAGCGCAUCACGGUCGUACGCACCGGGGGAGGGCCCAUUGCAUCGGCCAUGGUCGGCAUAACGAUGGCGGCGGCGUCACGCACAGCUGCCGCAACCGGCGUCGCCGUCGGCGGCGGUGGCGCCGCCGCCGCGAUGGCCCAGCCGUACGUGUCGUACAGGGGCCCUAAGGGUUUCAUGUUUUUGGGCUCUUGGUCGGGUGAUUCGGUGCUCAUGCAGCUUCGACCCAAGAAGCCGGCGGCGGCAGCAGAGCAAGAAGACGGCGCCGGCGGUUCUUCGAAGGACCUCAAGCGGAAUCGCGGUCAGGCGGGUGACGGCGACGGCGACGGUGACGGCGUUGCGACCACCGCCACGAACCGAAGCGCGGCUGUGGCGGCCGCGGCGGCGGCGUUUGCUGCUACGGCGGCUGCAGCCGACGCCGCUGGUGCUGCCCCUCGCUACAACCUUCGCCUGCUGGACUCCUUGCCUUCUAUGGGUCCCGUCCGCGAUCUGCUCUUCGCGGACACGUCAGUUUCGUCGUACACGGCUAGCAGCGGGGGCGGCCCCGAAACCAGUCGAGGCGGUCCCACCUGCUUCGCGUGUGUAGGACAGUCGAGGGCGCAAACCAGGCAAACAGCAUCACUGAACAUUAUAAUUCAGCACGAGGGCCAGACGGGCGCUAUUGUGAUGGCUCGUCAGGGCCUUAUCCCGGAUGUGCUGACGGAGGUGAACUUGCCGUCCGUCGCCGGCGUCUUUGCCGUAUACCACCGUACGGAAGACGAUGGUGACGUGGCGGUCGCGUUCAAUCCCGUCGAUGGUGCUGAUGGCGCCGCCCCUGCUGCCCCUGAUGACGACAACGAUGACGGCGAGGCGGAUGGUGGCCGGCGGGCAACGGUUGAGCUGACGCCGGAACCGCCGGAGGUCGACGUCACCGCUGGCGAUGUGGAGAUGCCGGAGGCGGGAGGCGUCAAGACCGAACCUGCACCCCCUCACAACAACAAUGCCGAGCCGGGUCCCAUCGCAAUCGCACCCGCUACCGAAGCAGACUUGCCGGCGUCGCCGAAAAAAGCUAGAGAUGUCGUAGGCGGCGGUGGUGGUGGUCGUAAUGACGGAGCCGCCGCUCGGCGCCAGGCGCCUCCGUCGUCGCUGGUGGCGGGGGAGCCACCACCGCCGCAACGACCCACGGGUCCGCCCUUCCACGCAUAUCUUCUCAUUACGAUGGGACGCGUGAGGACGAUGGUACUGCGAUGUACGGACGGGCUGGAUGACGUCACUAACAGCCCCGAAUGCGAGUUCCUCGUGAAUCAACCCACGUUGGCUGCAGGCAACCUCUUUCACAAUGCAGUUAUCGUACAGGCAUGUCCCAUGGGUCUGCGUGUGUUGGAGGGCAUGACCCUGGUGCAGGAGCUGCGUGUCAGCGACUUUCAGGCGAGUCGGCCAAAGACAGCGCAGUAUUCUUUUUGCUGUCGUACAAAGCAUCCCAUUGCCCAUCGCGCUAUGGGCCCUAUUCCUCAGGCUGCUGAUCCGUACGUAUUGGUGGGGCUGAGCGAUGGUACUGCCGUACUGUUGGAGGGUGAUCCGCUGUCUUUAACUCUGGGAGUGGCGACGGCGGCAGCGGAGCAGCUCAUGGCCGUGCCGGCGAGAAGUCGGCAGCAGCGGCUGGCGGCGGCAUGCCUACAUAGAGAUGAAACGAGUUGGAUGGCGAGCGCAACGGCAGCAGAGGCCGCCAGCAGCGGCAGUAGCUUCAGCAUUUUCUUAUGGAUCUGCCGCCUUUCAGGUCGGCUUGAGUGCUACAGCUUGCCAUCCAUGCGCCUCGUGUUUCAUAGCUCCGGGCUGGCAGCGGCGGAAGAGGUGCUGCGGAUGGGCCCUGCAGUCAUGUACGACGUGUACGACCUGUUUGGCGGCGGCGGCGGUGGCGCGGAGGCAGAGCUGGAUGGCGGCGGCGGUAGCGGCAUUAUGGAGGACCCAGUUGUAGAGCUCCGAGUGGAAUCGUUCCUGGGCGGCGGCUCCCCGGCAGUCCCCGACUGUGAACGCCCCGUGCUGCUGGUCAUGGCGGCCUCGGGGAACCUCGUGGCCUACCAGAUCGCCCUUCGUCGCCUGCCGCUGGACUCGCUAUCUCACGAGGCACCCGCGGCCAUGGGAGCCGCUGCCGGCAGUAGCGGCGGCGGAGGCGGCAUUGGCGGCGGUGCGGCGCUGGGCCCCCGUAUGGCGCGCUUCGACCACCUGGCGUAUACAGAUCCGUCCUCGAAGUCACACAGUCGCACAGACAUCCGCAAAUACCCGGUUGCGUCCCAGGGUACUUCGUACAGUGGUGUGUUCGUGGCGGGAUCCCGACCUCUGUGGCUGGUUGCCUCCAGGGGGGGGUUGGUGCCUCACCCCAUGUUCGCGGAGGGAGCGGUGGCGGCCAUGACGCCGUUUCAUAACGCCAACUGCCCACUGGGUUUCAUCAGCGCUUGCAGCUCCCGGGGUCUGCUCAAGGUGUGUCAGCUGCCGCCCCACACCCGCCUGGACACACCCUGGGUCACCCGCCGAGUGCCGCUACGAGUAACGCCACACAAACUGGCGUGGUUCAGGGACGCGGGGCUGAUGGCGGCCAUCACUUCGCGAGUGGUGGUGAGCAGGCCACGUCCCCCGGAGGAGCCCGGGGGGGACGCCCACGCGGCCGCCGCGUACGCCGCUGCCGCCGCCGCCGCCGCGGGUCGGGGUCGUGAGGAGGCCUGGGAGCUGCGACUGCUGGAACCCAACGGGUGCGGCCGGCUGUGGCUGUCUCCGCUGCUGCCCCCGGGGGAACAGGCACUGUGCCUCAAAGUGAUUUACCUGCAGAACGCAACCACGGGAGACACGGAUGCACUCCUGGCUGUGGGCACUGGCAGUCCCAUGGGUCAGUUGGGGGGAGGGAACUGGAGGUUUCGGUUGCCGAGGGGGCGAGUGGCGGGCAGUGGCGGACUUGUAGUGCACCGUCAGUGUGAGAGGGAAGGUGCAGGAAGAGGGUGUCGGGGCGAGAGGCCGCCAGGUGAGGACUAUCCCUGCCUGGGCCGCAUCCUGCUGUACACCAUUUCCGCGGAGGUGGUGGACCUAGGGGGGGGCAACCUCACUCGCAGAUGGAGUGCCGUACUGGUGGCCACCCGGGAUAUGGCGUCAGCGGUGACCAGCGUUCAAGAGUUCAAGUCCCAGCUGUUGGUCACGUGCGGCAGCCGCAUCGAGAUGUACGAGUGGCGAGGGCCGGCGGCGGGAGCGAGUGGCGGUGGCGGUGGCGGGCCUGGAGGGCGGCUGGAGAAGCGUGCCUUUUUCGACCUGCCCAGCCUGGUAACGAGCCUGGUGGCGGUCAAGGACUACCUGUUGGCGGCGGAUGCGAGCCAGGGGCUGUACUUUGUCAGAUACUCGGACUCCGCCCGCGUGUUGGAGUUCAUGUCCAAGGACUUCGACCACCGGGACGUCCUGACUGCGGGUGUGGUCAUCAACGAACCCAAGCUGGCGUUCCUGGCAGCGGACGCGGCGGGGAACCUGGCGCUGAGCGAGUUCUACGGCAGCCGCAAUACCAACCCUGAGUUCUGGGCGGGUCAGCGAUUAGCUCCCUUGGGGCUUAUGCACGUGGCUCGCCGCCUCAGCUGCUGUGUGUCCAUCAAGAUGCCUACAAGCGAUGGAAAGAACAGACACGCGCUGCUCUGCGGUGCAGCGGAAGGCGGCCUGUCGUACAUCGCGCCCGUGCCUGAUGCGGAGAUGACGCAGCGGCUGCUGGCGCUCCAGAACCACAUGUCCCGCAGAUUACCACAUGUGGCCGGACUCAACCCGAGAGCAUUCCGACAUCGCUUCUGCCGUAUUCCGAAGUCGCUAGGCGGUGGCCAGUCCCACCACGCUCCUCCGGCCCCGGCAUCCAACGGCCUCCUGGAUGGUCAGCUGCUGCUGGGCUUCCCGCUGCUGAGCCGGCAGCACCAGGGCCAAGCAGCGGAGGCACUGGGGGUGACCGUCAGGCAGAUUAUGUCGGACCUGCGGGCCAUUAUCACGGCGGCUACGUUGUGUUGA